AAUGGUCAUUGUUGGGGGAAAAUUGAGCGCCUUUCUCGGACGUGCACUGCAAUAGUGCGGAGGCGGAGGGAUCUGCGAUUGGUUCAGAUGCUGCUCCGCGUGUGCACGUUGCGGGUCUGUGACAGCUCCUGGGCAGCCCAUAAUAAAGGCCCGGCAGUAACUAAGGGUUUCGGCUAGUGAGCGGCUUUUGGGAUAGUUACUUCAGAGAUGCUCAGUGUUCAUGUUAAUGGCAGGAGACUGAACUGUAACUCAGCCUCGCCCACAGCAAACUCUACCCGUUCUCAUUACCCUAAAGUCUCCUCCUCCUUUAACUGUGAAUGACAGACAGCCCCUCCCUCUCCUCCACAGCAUUGCCAAGCACUGCUCCUCGCUGCACCCACCCCUGGGUGACUGAGCCUUUCCUCUCCUCCCAUCUUCCUAUGGGUGCCCUGCCUUGUGUGUGUCUCUGUCUGCUUCCCCCUCCCCCUGUGUCACAGGACAGCCUCUCCCCCACUGCUGUAUCACAGGACUCAGUCAGCACCCCCUUUGGCUGCUGUGUAACAGGACGGCUGUACCCGGCUCUCUACACCAUGAACGGCUGAUCUGGAAGAGCGGAGAGCGACAAAGCAAAGGCAGCCUGCGAGUAUGUUUUAGAUUGUCGCCCAAUGGGCAAGCACUGAUGCAGGAGGCGAUUUCUACAUCCCAGAGGUGGCUGUCGCUCAUCUAGACAGGUGCAGAUCAGAUUUGGAUACUAGUCAUUGCCAGGAGAAAAGCUAAAAGAAUUUAAAAUACAUAUAUAUGAAAGCGGAAUAGAGCUGCCAUAUAACGGUCUCUUUCUCUCUAGACCUGGAUAUCCAGCCUGAAUCACCAUGGCAACCAAAAAAUACAAUUAAAAAGGCAAGUGAGGCAGAAGCAGAUGAGUAGGUCGCUCCUUACCUCUCUGGACAGGAAGAAGUGAAAUAAUUAUGCAGAGAAGACUCGUUAGUUUUGUGAUGGAUAAGGUCACACACUGGAGAAUGAAAAAGCCCCAUCAUUAAUAAAAAAGAAAAGAAAGAAAAGAAAAAGGAAGGAAUGUGCCUGUGCUACCUCCAUGAAUCCGGAGUGCCAUGACAUAUGCUGAGAAGACAAUCUUUUUGCAGCUACGUUUCUCCAUUUCUUCACACCCCUGAUGGAAACGCCAUAUUUGUACUUUCCUUGUGGCCCAUCACAUAUUGGAUGGUAUCCUUUUUUCUGAACAUAAGGCUAGGGAAAACAAGUGUCUCUCUCAGAAAGUGACAAGUAAAGAGAGGUUACAUAAAGGGGGAAAAGUAUAAAUUUGUUCCUCUCUAGCAACAGCCUGCUAUACCAUGGGAUGUCGUCAAAGUGCAGAGGAGAAAGAGGCAGCCCGGCGCUCUCGUAGGAUUGACCGCCAUCUGCGGUCUGAAAGCCAACGACAACGUCGGGAGAUUAAGCUCCUCCUUCUGGGCACCAGCAAUUCAGGCAAAAGUACAAUUGUGAAGCAAAUGAAAAUUAUCCACAGUGGGGGGUUUAACUUGGAGGCCUGCAAGGAGUACAAGCCCCUCAUCAUUUACAAUGCCAUUGACUCACUCACUCGUAUCAUCAGGGCCCUUGCUACUCUCAAGAUUGAGUUUCAUAACCCUGACAGAGCUUAUGAUGCAGUGCAACUCUUUGCAUUGACUGGCCCAGCUGAGAGCAAGGGAGAAAUCACAUCGGAACUCUUAGGUGUCAUGAAGCGGCUGUGGGCUGAUCCUGGAGUGCAGGAGUGCUUCUCUCGAUCCAAUGAAUAUCACCUGGAGGACAAUGCUGCCUACUACCUCAAUGACCUGGAAAGAAUAGCGGCCAUUGAGUACAUCCCUACUGUGGAGGAUAUUCUACGCUCACGAGACAUGACCACUGGUAUUGUAGAGAAUAAGUUCACAUUCAAAGAGCUCACUUUCAAGAUGGUGGAUGUUGGUGGCCAACGAUCCGAGCGCAAGAAAUGGAUCCACUGUUUUGAAGGUGUCACCGCGAUAAUUUUCUGUGUGGAACUUAGCGGAUACGACUUGAAACUGUAUGAGGACAACCAAACUAGCCGUAUGGCAGAGAGUCUUCGCCUAUUUGAUUCCAUUUGCAACAACAACUGGUUCAUAAACACCUCUCUCAUUCUUUUCCUCAACAAGAAGGACCUCCUAGCUGAGAAGAUACAACGCAUCCCGCUAACGAUCUGCUUCCCUGAUUACAAGGGUCAGAACACAUAUGAGGAAGGAGCUGUCUAUAUCCAACGUCAGUUUGAGGACUUAAACCGCAACAAGGAGACCAAGGAGAUUUACUCCCACUUCACCUGUGCUACGGACACAAGCAACAUUCAGUUUGUAUUUGAUGCAGUGACAGAUGUCAUUAUCCAGAACAAUCUAAAAUACAUUGGCCUGUGCUAAGUGUUCCUCUUGUGGCCCGCACAGGGAAAGUGGUAUGCUUAUAGCCCUGGCCAUUUGUCAUGGGAUAGAGCAAAUACAGAGGCAGAGGGCUGCACUCAGGACUUCCCCACAUACUGCACUGAGAAUCCAGUAUAAAUCCCUCACCUCUUCACCUGCACAAACUUUCCAAUAAUAAACAGGGGAAGGCGUUGUUAGUCUGUUUGGACGAUAUAAAAUUCUGGUCUCUUACCAGAAAGAUGCCAUUUCUCUUCUCCCUGCGUCUUGUAUGUGUGUGUUUAUGUAUGCGUCUAUUUGUGACUGAUUGGUGUCUGGAGUGUUAAUCUAUGAUUCCCUGUGUGUUUUUAUUUUAUUUUAUAUUCAGGGUGAUUGAACUAAACCAGGAAAGAAACUGGCUGUUAGCUAGCUCAUUUUUGUUGACCGGGGAUGGCAAAUACUUUUAAGCCAACAUGAACAAACAAGAAAAAGGAUUGUUCCAUUCACUUUUGGCAUUUCUGUACGUGCCAUAAGUAUAAAUUAUACAGGGUUCGUGUGCUUUAAAUUUUGCAUUGACUAUGUUAUGCAUUUGCAACUGUGGUUGAAAAUAGGAACAAAUAUGGUCUUGCAGGGCAAACGAAAAGCGUUUGAAGCCAGUGUCUACUUGCCAAGAGUGCCAAUGUUUUACCAGUCUCCUAUCAUAUGCAAAGCAGUGCUGUCAUUAACUGUUAUGCACGCUUUACACAAUUGUGCAACAUCAUGGAAAUGCCACGUCUCGAAUUAAAGCAGUGUUUGAUAGUUUGUCUGCCAGAGACCUAUUUUUCCAAUAUCUGGAGUUCUAAAAUUCUGCAGCAGCCCUGAUAACAUAUGUAUUGUGACUGCAAAUAUAUGACUGCUCUUGCUUAUAUAUAUAUAUACACUAAUUAAAACUUUCCCCUGUGGUACCCAGAUAGUGGUAAAACCUGGAUAUAAUGCAGAAUCCGCCUUUUAUGCCAAAAUGCCCCCCCCCCCGCUAAUAAAGGUGCUACCAAGCUGCAGGGUACCAACACACUAAUUUAUGUCUAUAUUUAGACAGAAUCUAUAUAUUUUUUCCUGUCCAUGUUUGCAAAGAAAGGUAUCACAACCAGUUUAGGAGUAUGUCAUAUGUGGGGGUUUGUCAACAUGAAUUUUAUCCAAAAGAGAAAAAAAAGUGCAACAAUAAUUAAGGGAUGGAUGUAAAUUUAAGGAUAAGUAACCCUUUAAAAUAAGUGAAUGUAAAAUUGAUGAGGGUACUAUUCUAAGCACUUUUGCAAUGUACAUUCAUAAUUUUUUUUUAUUCCAGUCUAUUAGUGAUGUGCCGUCUGGCCCAAUACCCGCAGGUCGGUUGGGUUCAGGCCGACCUCGCACCCCCCUCUCCAACCUUACAAAUGCCGACUUCCGGGUUGAACUUUUAUAGGCGCACACCCCGCCCCUUUUGUGACAUCAUCGGCGGGUAGGCGUGGGUCUAUAAAAGGAACGCAGAAGUCGGGUUUGAGCUGAGGGAGGGCGGGUGGGUGCAGGAAAAUCUGACUCACACAUCACUACAGUACAGUACUGUUAAUAUGAAUGAUUUUUAUUCCAACAGUGCCACAUGCCGGUCAGUUUUUGACCAGUCUGAUCACCAAAUAGUCAUGGAAGUUUUCAGGAGAAAGAAAGAGGCUGCUCUGAUGUUCUUAGGAAAGAUUUAAGAAAGGUUUCUAAUUGUUUCCUUAGCAGAAGAACAUCAGAGCAGCCUCUUUCUUUCUCCUGAAAACUUCCUUGACUAAUUGGUUGUCAGACUGGUCUGAAAAUGACCAGCAGGUGGCGCUGUUGUAACAAAUUUCAUUCAUAUUAACAGUACUGGAAUGUACUAGAAUAAAUAAUGAAGGUACAUUGCAAAAGUGAUUAGAAUAGCCACCUCAUCAAUGUUACAUUCACUUAUUUUAAAGGGUUACUUACCCUUUAAGGCACAACUACUGCUUAAAAAAUAAGACUGACGUAUGUUUAGGACACAGUUCUCAGUGGGAAUCAAUCUUUAAUAGUUUUUUUUCCUGAAAAAAAAAGGAACCCUGUGGUGACAAAAUGGCAUGUUGAUCAGCUUAGGACCAAAUAAUUACCAAGAACUCAGCAGACUUGUGUUGUGCAGCAAGUUUUAACUAAAACUGAACAAUAAUCUCAUUCGUUUGCAUUCUCUGAUUCUGCACGCAACAUUUAUAAGCAGUUCCAAAAAGAAUUCAUGGUUUACCCGAGGGGACAUGCCCCCUUCUGGCCUCUUCUGUAACAACGAUUCGAAUGCAAUGGGUUUCUCUGUAAUAGUAAUGAAAUAGGAGAGGUGCUGACAAACUUCAGUUGCCAAUUCCUCUGAUGUUUUCCAUACAAAGAAAAAGCAGGACCUUUUCAAAACAUUUUACAAAUGUGAUCAAGUAUUUUGGUUUGUUAACACUGGAAAAAUAUAACACUGGCUAUUUAUUUUGCAAAAAAAAAAAAGAAAAACAGGAGGAACUUUCAGCCUCUUAAAUAUUUAAACUGAGACUUACUGACUUUAUGGUGAGGCCUAUGAGAUUUUUUUAUUCUUUAGACUGAAGCAGUGUACUAAACAGGGAGCAAUAUGAACAACCUCCCAUUUUGCUUUAUAAAUGAUAAAAUUAAGGUUCUGAGUAAAGGGUAACAUCAGCUAAGCCGUGAGCCUUUCAUUUGCCUAUUCUGUAAGGAAGCGGGGGGGGGUGGGGGAUCUUUUAUUUAUAUUCUUUCCUGGAAGAAGAGCAGCAAGUUCUGGAUGCCUGAGUGAAGUCUGUGUGUAAAUUAACUGAGUCAGUGUAAAGCACAUCCACUUGGUAUGUAUUAUGUACCCCUUUCCAGCUUCAUGUGUAACUCUAGCCACACAGUUCCCUCCUUCAAACACAACCACCUGAAAAUAAGUGUAAGAUUCCUCUGCCAAGGGCUUAAACCUUCGGGCUCAGGGGUCUGCAGCACUGUGUUCCCGUUUUAUGGUUCUACUCACAGUGCCUUGCAGGCUCCUUCAGCCCUGAAGCUUGAUGACACUACAAAUCAUUUUGUAAUGAAAACUCCACUGGCGAAAGGGAAAUAAAGGUUCUGAAUGAUCUGA